AUGACUUCUCCUGUAGCCGCCAGCAAUAUGGACGUAGCAUCCUCCUACCCGGGCACUCCAGACAAUCGCGCGACAAAGGGCCGCCUGGAUGCACUCUUCCCAGCGACACUCGAUUCUACACCGAGGAGGUUCAGUACCGGCGCUGCACGAGUCCCCAUGCCCGCGCCCCAAGUCUUCGCAGCCCAGACGACCGCUGAGGAGAUGUUGGAGGAGAAGCGCACCAGGACUCCGCAGGGCCAGCAAGAUCUGAGCGCUGCUAUGGCGCGAUUCAGCAUAUGUUCCGACACCCCAUCCAUCGCCCGCCUUGCAGCCCUGACAAGUCCUUGCUUCUUUCACAAGCGAUUCGGGGAUGCAGUCGACAUUCAAAAGGUCCUCGAGGAGAUCAAGGGCGAUGACCAGCUGUCGCACAGCAGGCUCAUGCAGACCGCUGCAUCAGUAAGAGAAGUCUCGAGACAAUUGCAAAGACGGCCGCUGAAACGAGCUGUGCGCAACGUCAUGAUCAUCACCAAAGCACGGGACAACACGUUGGUCACUCUUACUCGAGAAUUGGCAGAGUUCCUUCUAGCUACGCCCCGGUACGGUAAAGAUAUCGGAGUCAAUGUCUGGGUGGACUCAAAGUUGCGAAAGUCGAAACGAUUUGGACUGGAUACGCUCUUGGAACAGGACGAAAGAUUCACCGACAUGCUGCACUUCUGGACUCCAACGCUCUGCCUGGAAAGACCGGAACUCUUCGACUUGGUCAUCACGCUCGGCGGCGACGGAACCGUCUUGUUCACGUCCUGGCUAUUUCAACGCAUUGUACCGCCAGUCCUGUCUUUCUCACUGGGUUCAUUAGGUUUCCUCACAAACUUUGCCUUCGAUCAGUACAAAAACGAGCUUAACCGCGUCAUGGGAGAAACCGGCAUGAAAAUAAAUCUAAGGAUGCGCUUUACCGCGACAGUGUAUCGAUCUGCCGCAUCGCCGGCAUUCGCCCCCUCGGCCGCGUCUUCAGCAAGUGUCCCGACUACUGCAAGCCAAUAUGGAGGCGAAUCUCAGUCUACCAAGAUCGAGGGCGAGACUCAUGAAGUGCUCAAUGAACUGGUGAUCGAUCGUGGGCCGUCGUCGUAUAUUUCCAGCUUGGAUUUGUAUGCAAAUGACAGCCUGCUGACCCGUAUAAGCGCGGACGGAAUUAUUCUUAGCACGCCCACAGGAAGCACGGCCUAUUCAUUGAGCGCCGGGGGCAGUUUGGUUCAUCCAGACAUUCCGGCCAUUCUUUUGACACCCAUUUGUCCGCACACAUUAUCUUUCAGGCCGAUGCUACUCAACGACGACAUGGCUCUCAAGGUUGCAAUCCCUUCUACUGGACGAGGCGGCGCGUUUGUGUCCUUUGACGGCAAAGGUCGGGUCGAGCUUGGACGUGGCGAUGAAGUCGUCGUUCGAGCAUCGCAGUAUCCCUUUCCGACUGUGAUGGGGCAGCCUCUUGAGUGGUUUGACAGCAUUUCCAGGACAUUACGCUGGAACACCAGGGCCGCUGAACAGAAGGACUGGGCUGGUCGAGCAGCUGGCCACGGCGAAGGCGAGGGUGCCGACCUCGUUGAAGCCGAAGAGAGUGCAGACAAUCGCAAGGAACCAGAGUUUGACAUAGAUUUCGAAGAAGACGACGAUACAGUUAGUGCAAGAGACUCGGGAUACUCUGAAAGUGGGAAUGGAUCAGAGAAGAAGUGGAGUUGA